UCCAGAAGUUCUUUAAGUCCGUUCGUUUCGGCGGCAGUUCGCACGAAUUUGGGCGUGGAAAUGGUUCGCCAGACAAGGUCGGAGUGGAAGGCUGGUUAUUUCAAAAAGCUAGCCAAGCAUCUCUCUGAAUUUGACAAGUGCUUUAUCGUCAAUGUCGACAAUGUGCGAUCAAAGCAGAUGCAGCAAAUUAGAUUAUCGUUACGUGGAAGCGCAGAGGUCGUCCUUGGCAAAAAUACCUUAAUGAGAAAAGUUAUUCAAAGUCAAAUCGAACGUAAUAGCACUUUGGAUAAGUUGUUACCACAUAUACGUGAGAACGUUGGAUUCGUCUUUACUAAUGGGGACUUGUGUGACAUUCGAGAAAAGAUAGAGAAUAAUCGCGUUGAGGCCCCAGCUAAAGCAGGAGCAAUCGCCCCAUGUGACGUCAUUGUACCUGCCCAAAACACCGGCUUGGGACCUGAAAAGACAGCAUUCUUUCAGGCUCUCAGUAUUCCUACGAAGAUCGCAAGAGGAGCUAUCGAAAUACUCAACGAUGUACACCUGGUGCAUAAGGAUACAAAAGUUGGUCCUAGUGAGGCUACUCUGUUGGGAAUGUUGAAGAUUCAUCCAUUUACUUAUGGACUGGUGAUAAAACAGGUAUUCGACCAAGGAUGUGUAUAUGAUCCUGCAGUUCUAGACAUCACCCCUGAGAUGAUCACUGAAAAAAUUGUCGCUGGUGUACAAAACAUAGCAUGCUUGAGUUUGGCUCUAGGUUACACUACCUUAGCCAGUAUUCCUCAUGUACUUGCAAAUGCUUUCAAGAAUAUGUUGGCCAUAGCCGUAAUGACGGAUUAUACGUUCAAAGAAGCUGAACAAGUAAGUGCGAUUGACAUGUUCUGCAAUUUGUUAGCUUGUUGACAUUCUCAAUACGUGAGGCGUGUUUAUUUCAUCUGAUGCCUGAUUUUGGUUCAUAUAUAUUAAAUCGAAACUAGCAUGUUUUAGACUGGAGAUGUCGUUUUCGGUUACGACUCUACAAUUCAUUAGUUCUAAAUCUGUCCAACGGAUCCCACUUAGCACCUGUGUAGAACUACAUAGCCUCGUCUCGUGAGUGUGACUUGUAGCUUGAUACAUGAAGCCUGUCCUAGUGAAUUCAGCGUAACCAGUCAUUUUCCAUGACUAUAAAGCAUUUUCCCUUAAGAUUUUAAUGUGAUGAGAACGAACUAAAGUGUAUUCGUUGUUAUUCGGUCUGCCACAGGAUCGUAACGUAGGACAUUUGCAUUAACCUUGCGAAACCUGGUUUUAUCAGACCUCGGGUGGGAAGUCGGCCGACAUUAAGGCUCGAAGCAGUUGUCCGCUGGGCUCUGCGGCCACGCAACGCUGUUUUUAAACGUUCCAAGAGAAUAAUGUAAAAAUCUUACAAGGUCCUGCAUUCAACUAAUCAGCAUUAUUUUCUUUUUUCAGAUCAAGGAAUAUAUUGCAGACCCUACGAAGUUUGCUGCCGCAGCUGCACCUGUCGCUGCGGCUGCCCCAACUGUAGCAGCGAAGGUUGAAGAAAAAGCCGCUCCUGUAGCCCAGUCCUCUGAAGAAAGCGAAGAUGAUUUAGGAUUCAGUUUGUUCGACUGAUCUAAUAAAUGACUUGAAAGUGGU